AUGCUAGGGUGUAAACACGCUCUCGUAACCGCAUGCCAACCGGCUGCAAACGGUCUAGUCGAGCUUUUCCAUAAACAACUCAAAGCAGCUCUCAAGGCUCAGCCCGAGUCAGAAUUGUAUGAAACUCUUCCACUUGUCCAGCUAGGCAUUCGGAAUACGAUGAAAACCGACUUGAAGACUACACCGGCUGCACUGGCCUUGGGUUGCAAGUUACGUUUUUAA